AUGACACUCAUCUCGCAGGCUAUCAAGCACGACCACCGCGAGCUCGAGGAUGCGUACAACAAGAUUCUUAGCGCCAGCUCGCCUGACGAGCAACGUCGAUGGCAGAAUCAGUUUACCUGGGAACUAGCCCGCCACUCUAUCGGUGAAGAGUUGCUCGUCUAUCCCGCAUUCGAGAAGAAUCUGCCCGAUGGAAAGCAGAUGGCCGAUAAAGAUCGUGCUGAACACCGGAAGGUCAAACAACUUCUUCACAAAUUUCAAGGCCUCAAACCUAACGAUCACGAAUUCACCCCAACCCUUCAGUCCCUCUGGUCCGACCUGUCACAACACAUAAAAGAAGAAGAAGAGCAAGACCUCGUGAAACUCGAAAAAGCCUUGCAGCAAUCGGACUCAGAGUCACUGACCACAAAGUUCAAUCGCACUAAGAAAUUCAUCCCAACUCGUAGUCAUCCCAAUGCACCAGAUAAGCCGCCUUUUGAGACUGUGGCGGGUUUGUUGGCAGCCCCGAUAGAUCAUCUGUCGGAUAUUUUCAGGAAGUUUCCGGCUGAGUCGAAGAGUGAAAUGCCUCCUUGA